CACAACCUUGUUCAACUGUCUUCAUCCACAUUCAUAACCAUCUAUUUAACCGACAUCCCAAAGGAGAGGAAAAAAAAAAUAAUAUUACAACAGGCACAGGCACAUUAAUUAAAAAGUGAUAACAGUUUAAUAUUGAAGAAAAGAAAAGAAAAGAAAGGAUGAGCUCGCCUACACUUCAAUCUAUCAACACCCCAGCUGGGAAGGUGCUCUGUGUUGCGGAUCUUCGAGGCAACAUUUCGCAGUUGAAUGAUCUAGCAGAUCAGACAGGAGCCAAAUUGAUUAUCCAUUGUGGUGAUUUUGGAUUUUAUGAACGCGACAGUUUGAAUCGUAUUAGUGACAGAACAUUGAAGCAUUUGGUUCAAUACAGCACUUUGAUCCCUCCAGCGAUGCGCACACGACUAUUACAGGCGAAUGUGACACCGGAUUCACUCCGGUCUCAGAUCAGGGCCUCGACCACCCAUAUCUUAUCCGAACUGCCAUUAUUUUUAUCAGGACAAAAGACAUUGAAGGUCCCUGUGUAUACCGUCUGGGGAGCUUGCGAAGACGUCAGUGUGUUGGAGAAAUUUCGAUCAAAUGAAUACUCAAUCCCUCAUUUGAACAUUCUGGACGAAGCUGCUACGACUGUAAUCGAUAUUGGAGGGGUGAAGCUUCGACUUUUUGGAUUGGGAGGUGCUAUUGCACAGCACAAGUUCUUUGAUAUUGGAGAAGGAACGUCAACCAUCGCUGGCGGUUCAGGUACAAUGUGGACAACAGCACUUCAAAUUGGACAGUUGGUCGAUACGGCUCAAAAAGUCUUUGAUGCGACAGAGACUCGUGUCCUGGUCUCUCAUGCUAGUCCUGGUCGUGAAGGAAUCCUUGCUCAAUUGGCACUUGUUUUGAAGGCCGAUUUCACGCUUUCUGCAGGAUUACAUUUCCGCUAUGGAAUCUCGUACAAUGAAUUUGGAGUUCAAGGAGAUCAGGAGUUGUACCGGAACAAGUUGUUGAACUCUCAAAAGAAUUUUAUGGAUAUGUGGGAAGGAGUGAAGACACAUGUGGAGAGCAGUGUGAGUGAUGAGCAACGGGUCCUAUUGGAGAAUUGUCUGUCAGUCGUCAACCGUUUGCCUGCUGUAAACAGUUUGCCGAAUGAUAAAGAUGAGGCUGCGUUCAAGAACAUGUGGAAUUUCAAUUUGCCGGAUGCAGGCUUGGGAUUGUUGAUCUUGGAUAUUAAUCAAGGAAGGAUUGCUAUUGAGACCCGCUCUCAAGGCUUCAAUUUCUCGUACCGCCGCAACAAUGUCUCGCUGCGAUCUGGCUCUCCUGCUAUUGCUUAAUUAUUACAAAAACAUAUUUUUCAACUUAUUGAUGUAGAUGCAUAUAGACAUUAUUGCAGAUUUACAAAGAGGAAG